CGUAGCUUUUUUAACGCGCACGCACACACUCUUCUCUCUCUCACCCAACUUUUCGCUAUAAAAACCCUUCCAACACCACACAACUAUUGUCUCCCUCUUUCAAGCCUGCAACACUACUCUCUCACUUUUUCUCUGUCUCUCGCAAACUCGUCAAAACAACAACAAUGGCUCCCAGUGACAACAAAUCCAACGAUGUAUCUGGGUCUAAUUCGACCCGUUUGGACAAAGAGAUCCGAUACCGCGGGGUCAGGAAGAGACCCUGGGGCCGCUACGCCGCCGAGAUCCGAGACCCUGGGAAGAAAACACGCGUCUGGCUCGGAACCUUCGACACCGCCGAGGAGGCCGCGCGCGCGUAUGAUUCGGCGGCGCGUGAUUUCCGCGGCGCGAAGGCGAAGACAAAUUUUCCCACACACGCGGAACUUACCCACGUGGCGCGUAGCCCCAGCCAGAGCAGCACCCUCGAGUCCCCCUCUCCGCCGCCGCCGCUUGACCUCACUCUCACCCCACUCGCCGCCACCGGGGCGUUUGUCUUCCCUGUUGCCCGCCCCGUGGUUUUCUUUGACGCGUUCGCCCGUGCGGAGGUGCGGGCUUUCGAUCUUCCCGUUACCGCUUUCCGCCGCACCGCCGUCGUCGCCACCACCCAGAGUGAUUCCGACUCGUCCUCCGUCGUGGACUACGAGCGGGUCCCACAUCGGAGAGUGUUGGAUCUCGACCUUAAUGUUCCUCCUCCGCCGGAGGUUGCAUGAAUAAGGAAAUGAUCCGGUUUUUUCGCGGCUCGGUGGUUUAUUAACAAAUCAGUAGCAGGCAUCAUGAUCGAUUUUUUUGAAUGUAAAUAGAUUAUAAUUAACCAAACAAAAGAGAAAAAAAAAAGCAGGUUUAAGUUUUUUGUUUUUA